AUGUACAGAAUGGCAGAACGGUUGACCGACGCGGUACGAAUACUUGACCACGACCCUUCGCUUGCUCUUUACCGACUGCAAGAACAUGUUGGUCGCAGUUUGCCGGGUCUCGUACAACGAAAAAUCCAGUUAAACAAAAAAACUACUCUACUCAGUGGUAUUCAGUUUGAUUUGGAAAACGCUCUAAGUACUGUGGAAAGCAUACGCAUGUCUGCUUCAACAUUCGAGGAAUGUACAGAAAUGCUGCGUGAUUGCAUUUUUUACAAACAGCAACUGGAUUUUGAUGUUAACAGGAAGAUUACUGAUGUAACCGUGAAGGGACGUAGUAAGUCCCUCCAUGAUGUAACACGCAGAUAUGAAGAGAAAGACUGA